UCCUUUUCGUCUCAAUACCACUCUGCAGCUCUCUCUCUCUCUCUCUCUCUCUCUCUCUCUCUCUGAAUCCUUUUCAACUCAGUUUUGAUUUCUCUAGAACAGAUUCAAAGCAGACCUAAAAUUUAAUUGGGAAAUGCCCAUUAAGCCUCCUACUAGCACUCAAUUUUGAAUCUUUCCUCCAAACACUCAUAAAACCUGAGAUUCCAUUAAAGCAACCUUAAAAAUCCAAUCCCACCAUCUGGAUCUCUUUCAAGAUGGCCCCUACACCUUCUUCUUCCAAAUUUAACCAAAACCAUUCGAUCAAGACGCCACAAUCUAAACACCGUCUCAAUUUUACUUCAGUAAGAACACCAAAUCCACACCCAUCGCCAAACCCAAACUCAACUGUCAAAGAAAACCCUCAAGCAGACCAUCCCAUCGAAGUUAUUGGUCGGAUUCGAGAUUAUCCAGAUAGAAAAGAAAAACCAAAUUGCAUCCUGCAAGCGAAUCCUGAUAACCAGACUCUUCGUGUCCGUGCUGAUAUUGGGUACAGAGAUUUUACACUUGAUGGGGUUUCUUUCUCUGAGGACGAAGAUCUUGAUGCCUUCUAUAAGAAGUUUGUAGAGUCAAGAAUCAAUGGGGUUAAAUUGGGGAACAAAUGCACUAUUAUGAUGUAUGGGCCAACGGGUUCAGGUAAGAGCCACACCAUGUUCGGGUGCUCAAAGCAGCCGGGGAUUGUGUAUCGGUCAUUAAAGGAUAUAUUGGGGGAACAAGAAGAGGGGAGUGAUGCAGAGAGAUCGGGGAUGUGUACAUUUGUGCAAGUUACAGUUUUGGAGAUAUACAAUGAAGAAAUUUAUGAUCUUUUGUCCAGUAAUGGUGGGGGUGGAUUUGGAUUUGGGUGGCCCAAGAGUGGUAAUGGAUCCAAGGUAAGACUUGAAGUUAUGGGGAAAAAGGCCAAAAAUGCUACUUUCAUAUCUGGAACUGAAGCUGGAAAAAUUUCAAAGGAGAUUCAGAAAGUAGAGAAGCGAAGGAUAGUUAAGAGUACCCUCUGCAACGAUCAAAGUUCUAGGAGCCACUGCAUGAUAAUCCUGGAUGUCCCAACCGUGGGUGGACGGCUUAUGCUUGUUGAUAUGGCAGGCUCAGAAAAUAUAGAGCAAGCAGGGCAAAAUAGUCUUGAAGCAAAGAUGCAGACAGGGAAAAUUAACCAGGGAAAUAUUGCAUUGAAGAGAGUUGUUGAAUCUAUUGCUAAUGGAGAUUCUCAUGUGCCCUUCAGAGAUAGCAAGUUGACAAUGCUACUCCAGGAUUCCUUUGAGGAUGACAAAUCCAAAAUUUUAAUGAUAUUAUGUGCAAGUCCAGACCCUAAGGAGAUACAUAAGACAAUCUGCACCCUUGAAUAUGGAGCCAAAGCAAAGUGCAUUGUUCGUGGUCCUAAUACACCAUCCAAGGAUAAAGUUGGCACUGAAGAUUCUUCUGCAAUAAUCUUGGGAUCCAAGAUAGCUGCCAUGGACCAAUUUAUCUAUAAGCUACAAAUGGAGAACAAACUCAGAGAGAAAGAAAGAAAUGAGGCUCACAAACAGCUCAAAAAGAAAGAAGAAGAAGUUGCAGCACUGAGGGCACUAGUAGAAGGGAAGGAAUCUGCAGCAAGAGAAGAAGAGAUCAACUUGAAAGUGAAUGAGCGCACAAGGAUGUUGAGACUCGCAUUGGAAAAGAAGUUGGAGGAAUGUCAGAGAAUGGCUGAAGAGUUUGUUGAAUUGGAGAGGAGAAGAAUGGAAGAGAGGAUACUGCAACAGCAGCAGGAAGUUGAAAUGCUGAGAAGGCGCUUGGAAGAGAUUGAAUUUGAACUAUCCCGUCCCAGGGAUGAAAACAAUGUUGAGAAUAGAUCGAGCAUGGAUGGAAGCAGCUUUGCCAUAAGGCUUUUGGGAGUUUAUGCUGAUGAAGAUCCAGGAAUGGUAAAAUCAAUGGAUUUGGAUAUGGGUGAUCAAGAACCAUUUGUUCCUGAUGUGAAAUGUGUAGAUAUGGCUGCUCAAAAAUCUAACGGUGGCAUCCUCAAUUUGGGUAAUUAUCCUUAUUUAAAUCACUUGAAUCAAGUGGUUGAUCACGAUGUUCUUGCACCGAAAUAUGGUGGUAAAGUAUGUCUGAGCACUGUAUUUGAGGAAGAAGAAGUAGAAGAAGAGGAUCAUAGAGAAAAAAUGGAUGAUGAGGAAGUGGAGAAAGGAGUAAUAGAGGUAAAGAGGGUCAUUGGUGGCUCUGGAAUCAACCUCGAUGCAGGCUCUUCUCCUCAGAAAUUUGAGACCUCUGAACCAUCUAUUCGAAAUUCAGAUUUGAAAGACAGAUCAGAGGGUAAAUGCCUUGGUUCAGAAUCUCUUGAGGAUGUUGAUCCAGCGUCAUCUAGACGAUUGAGAAUCCAAAAUAUAUUUACACUUUGUGGGAACUACAGAGAGCUGUCUCAACACAAUAUAACCCCAUUACCUGCGAAAAAAAUGCUUGAAGAUGCUGAUCCUCAGUCAACUCCAUUUACAGGACUUAAGGAGGAUUCUGUAAUAAGAAAUUCAGGCAAAGAAAAUUCGCCAAUCCUGAAAGAUGUUCCCUUGGUGGAUUCUGGGAAAAAUCUGUUUGAUCUAAUGGCACUUGCUUCAGAUGAGAAUUACAACCCCUUGAAAGAGAGCAAUGAUGCACAGCCACAGAUUGAUGUGCAUGUGAAGUGGGAAACAUCUAAAGUAAAUAAUGGGAAGUUCAUCACCACACUUAAGGUUGUGAGGAGUGCGACACUUGCUGACCUGAGAAAGCUGAUUGAAAUCCAUCUUGGUGCAGAAAAUCAAGCAUUUUCUUUUCUUGUGCUUGGAGAUCCUACUGGAGCACCUAUUCCAAAGGAGAAGGAAUCAACAGUGCAGGCUAUCAAACUCCCUAUAUGCAACAACCAGUCUCAAGGUUACCUUGCCUGUUUGCGACCAUCGAAUCAUCUCCCACUGAGCCCUGUCCCAGCAACUCCAAUGGAGAACAAACUCCCGUUAUCUCCUUUGGAGAACAAAUUAUCAUUUACCCCGAGUUCUUGCUUGUCAGUGCAAUGUGACGGUUUAUCACCCAAAUUAGCCCAACACCUAAAUUCCACUCCUUUCAUUACUUUACGGAAACAUUAGUACUGCUGUUUUGUACUUAGCUGAUAUGCACAUGCCAUGGUCGAGUAUAUAUGCAUAUACUCUUUUUUGUGCUUGAAUUGUGAAUUUUUUGUCAAUAUCUGAAAUUGAAUUUGUAAUGCAACUAUGUGUUAUUAUUAUUAUAUAUAGCAGCACUAGUAAUUCUAUGUUUUUCCUUGUUA